AUGGAUUUACUGCGUCGUCGUUUCGAUCCUGCCACACUUAACAUUUUUUCUACGCGACCAAAUGCAAAGAAAAAACGUAAAUCACGCACAGCAUUUACCAAUCAUCAAAUCUUUGAGCUCGAGAAACGUUUCCUCUACCAAAAGUAUUUAUCACCGGCCGAUCGUGAUGAAAUUGCAGCAGCCCUAAGUCUAUCCAAUGCUCAGGUGAUCACUUGGUUCCAGAACCGACGAGCCAAAUUGAAGCGUGACAUGGAGGAGCUGAAGAAGGACGUUGAGAGCGUGAAACAAUUACCCGACCAGUCAGCAGAUAUCAACAGCCACCAAUACCAGUCGGCGUGCCGUCAGCGCCUACAGCAACAUCAACAACACCUAAUGGCCACGCUCAACAACCACCACAAUUUGGCGCACCACUUGCUCCCAAUAUCGCCUUUAUCUUGCCUGCAAUCACAGUCAGCCACACAACACCCGCAUCAGCAACAACAAUUAGGUCAAUACCAGCACAAACACAUGAGCAACUUGAGCCAAAUGCAAUCAAUGUCUCCACUGAAAUUGCAACCAGCAACAGAAGCGUCAGCAGCGCGCGCCAUGGCAACAACAGCGAAGAAGCGAGAUCGAACAGCCGCACAGCCACCGAUGGUGGCGCAUUUCAGUCAAGGCUGCAACAACUCAACAGUAGCCGAGGAUAAGAAAGAGCUGAAAAUGCUAAAAAUGAUGACACUGAUGUACUACACCAGUCGCGCACAGGCCGAUGCUGCAUCUGCGGAGGGCAUCGCAGUAUGUGCCGAAACAGUUGGUAAGGGCAACAGCAACGGCAACGGCAGCAACAACUGUGGCAUACAUGUCGACCGCACGCCGUGCAAAUUCAAUGGCAAUUAGUAGACCCUUUUAUCCAAUUAAUUGAAGAAAAAUCUGUAUUAGCCCAAUUUGUAAAUUAUAUUUUAAUAUUAUAUAAUAAUGAGUGCAUACAUGCGUAUGUAUGUGUGUACGCUCGCAUGUCGUAUGAUGGAGUAAGAGACGUUGUACUAUACGUAGAUGUAGGUAGAAAUAUGAUUACGUAGUAAGGAAGUAUGUUUGCACAUGUAGAGGUGUGCACACUCAGCGACAGAUAUGAGGAAACAGUUACUAUGCCAAUUGCCAAAAUGUAAAUUAUACAUACAUACAUACACACAUAUUAUACUUGUAUGUGUACGAGUAUAAAUUGAAAAAGUAGGUCAUUAAGCUCUGCACUUAUGCCAUAGCAAAUGUAUAGUGGGUCAAAAUAAUAUUCCUCGCCUACUCUGUGUAACUUUUACUACCAAAUUUUGUAAUUUUUUGUUACUUAAGUUAAUGGCAAAUAAUUAUUCAUCGAGGUGGAAUAUUGAACGUUUGAGAGAAGGUCGCACAAAUCG